AUGACAUCUGAAGGGUGGGUCCGAACCAAUGGUUUAGAAAUUGGAAGCGCACUUUUGGAUCAAAGAGAUAAUAUUACAGCUAAUUUUCUGGUGUUCACAUCAGAAAAUGCACUUGGCGCCCAAGCCGUUUUACGAAGCAUAAAUUUCCUUCCAACUGAUGAUCAGAUGUCUUGUCAGCUGAGAAUGUACUACUACUUUGCUGACGUUAGCUCUGUGCUCAUGGUGGGACUACAAAUGCAGACUCAAGAUCAAGUAAAUGACAUUUGGAAACAAGACUCCAGCCAUAAAAAUGAAUGGAGAAGAGGGGUCAUUACUAUUAGCAGCUCGGAGCCAUUUCAGGAUCCAGCAGGCAGCACGGCAAUAUGA